UGAUCUGAAGGAUUUACUGCGGCGCGCUCUAGAGCUCUCCUCCUGAAUGAAGACAGCAUGGACUGCCAGUAGCCGGCUCACACUACACAGGUCGAACAAACCGAAUGACCGUCUGAUACCACGGAGUUACCUCGUCUUGUAGAGCGCUAUAAUUGAAGAGGUCAGUGAGAAGUUUUCUCUCGGCGUUCGUGUUUCAAGUGUGAAUUGAAGAGAUGGCUGCACUGACAAUACAAAGGACGGACAACUUUUUGCACACCUUUUUACAGGAUCGGACCCCCAGCUCCUCUCCGGAGGGGGCGCCUAAUGCCCUGUCGUUCCUAGCCACAACCUGCAGCCAGGCCUGGCAGGUGGGCAGCACCAUGGGCUCCGAAGGCUCCCAGUUCCCCUACGAGGGCUCCGUCAGCUCAGCAUCGGGGAUGUUCCAGCUGUGGAGCAACGACAUGGCUCCGAGCUCUGGCCUAGGGGCCCAUCAGAUGGCCUUCACCAUGCCCAAGGUCCAGUUCCCCGGACACAUGCAGUCGGGCCUGGGCCACCACCACCACCACCACCACCACCACCACGAGCUGCCUCUCACGCCGCCCGCCGAACCGCCGUCGUCCUACUCCUUCGAACUGUCCCCGGUCAAAGUCCUCCCCGCGCAGCCGCAGGGCACCGGCCCGUACUACCCGCAGCACAACGCCGUGGGCCAGAACUUCCCCAGCUUCCUCCAGAGCUCCUCCGGGAGGCACCAUCUCCCCGGGGCCCACGGGGACGAGGGGCAGCAGUGGUGGAGCCUGCCCCAGACCAACAGCGCCCCCUCCAACCACCCCUUCUCCCUGGGCCGCCAGCUGGUGCUGGGCCACCAGCCGCAGAUCGCCGCCCUGCUGCAGGGCACGUCCAAGGGCCUGCUGGGGUCCACGCGGCGCUGCCGGCGCUGCAAGUGCCCCAACUGCCAGGCCAACGGGGGCGGCCUGGAGUUCGGGAAGAAGAGGCUGCACAUCUGCCACAUCCCCGAGUGCGGCAAGGUGUACAAGAAGACGUCCCACCUGAAGGCCCAUCUGCGCUGGCACGCCGGGGAGCGGCCCUUCAUCUGCAACUGGCUGUUCUGCGGCAAGAGCUUCACGCGCUCCGACGAGCUGCAGCGGCACCUGCGCACUCACACGGGGGAGAAGCGCUUCGGCUGCCAGCAGUGUGGCAAGAGGUUCAUGAGGAGCGACCACCUCUCCAAACACGUCAAGACCCACCAGACCAGAAAGGGCCGCGCGGGCCACCCCUCGCCCUCGGACCCCUUGCUGGCUAACAUCAAGAGGGAGUGACGGUGGCGGAGGGGGUCCACUGAACACUUGGAGAUGAGAAUAUGUUGUUUUGAUUUAAAGUCCUCUGCCACAGCUGUACACGGGGGUAAGCAUCACGCCUCAUUCCCUGUCCUUAACGUGUUAGGAUCUUAACACCUGGAUUAUAACGUUAUUAUGGUCCUAGUUUGUGGUUUAAAAGGGUUCGAUAUUUCCAUGCUAUUUAAUUAAUUAUGUUAAGAUCAAACCUGAAAAUGAAUUGUGAACAUUGAAAAGAAUGCAGGAUUACAAGCCCGAGUGAAAUAAAGUUGAAUGCCUUAGUGUUGCAAAAGGUUUUUGUACAUAUAUUAAAACUUUUGCUAUAUCAAAGAAAUAUUUGGUUAUUUGGUUUCUAUUUUAAUUUUAAAAAGCCAUUUGUCGUCUUCAUCGGUGAGACCUUUUUAUUAUGUCCAUGUGAGCACAUUGGAUUAACAGUCUAUUCUUAUCUAAAUCAUCUAAUCUGUUGAUUCUUGUAUUUAUCCGUGUGAAACAACAUCACUUGGUAUGAGCAAAUAUUUUAAUUGUAAGUUCUUUGUAAAAUAUGUAUAUACGUCAUGAUCAAGUCUAUUGAAGUUACAGCCGCAUGUACAUUUUAAUAAACAGCAUAUUUGACGCAACUAAUUCAGUUUCCUCUCUAUUCUACUCUUUGACUUAAUGCCACUGAAUAUUUAAAACAUUUAAAUAACCACCACCGACCCGUGCGAAACACACUUUCAAUGAUAAUCAGAGCGCAGGAUCAAAAUGUGGGCCCAUUGUCUCGCCAGUGGGACGGAGAUCCUCAGAAGAUGUUCUCAGAUGUUCACACCUCAGAGAAA